GCGGAAUGGUUUGGUCCACUCGGCGCACCAACUUGCCCUUCUUGAUAGGCAUAAAAUAUUUUCCACUGCCUGUUACUCCUCGGAAAGGAGGAAAUGGCCCAGGUACAAUGCGAGCUAACCGCGUCAUCCAGAGAUUUUCGUGCUUUAUUACUGGCAUGGAAGUCACGCGGCUGUUUGACGUUAUUGCUCCGAACAAAUGAGCAGUUGCGGCAUCCCUGGGUUCCACUACUAUCAGGUCGCUUGGAGAUGCAUUCAAAUAACGAUUCGACUAUUUGAUGUGGUCCUCGGCAGAGAUUGGAAAGUGGAUCGACUUCUUGCAAAUAUCAUUUCGACACCCGUCCACUCACGUCGGUUUCUUGAUGCCACUACUGCUAGUAGUACUAUAUGUCCACUGCCACUGCAGUGUGACACGUUAUAGCACGCGUGCGGUGGAGGGCAGAGCUGCCCAGUGCCUGACUCGCACGCGAUAUCGGAUGCCAACCGCGGCGUUGGCACAGUGCCCGACUGCCGCAAGCCACCAGCCAUCGCGCUGAGUGUGCUUGGGUCAGACUUCGACCGCUCAUCGUCAUAAUAAUUGAAUGAUUGGCUCUCCCAUCAUGCCAAGAUGCUGCAUCCUUGAUGAGAAGAGAGACGCCCCGUGCCUCGGAGGAUUAUCGCCCGAGUCGAAUCAGGGUACAAACCCCCGUAUGACCACGAUACACAUCAUAUGACCCCGAACGGAACGCACUGAUAUCCGGACGUCGUACGCUUACUCAUGUUCAGCGCAGUUGACGCUUCUGCAGCAUAAUACGUAUUGACCAGGAAGACACUGGGCUUGAACAGAUGAUUAAGACCGUGUAACCUAUACUAAGUUUCGGCCUGGCAGAGCACACAUUCCAUAUUCUAGGGAAGCGCUCUACAAGCUGAGCCGUUCUCCUCUACAAAUGUAUCAUUCACAGCUGCAGCAUCUGGGCAGAGAAGGGCGAGUGCAAUACUGCCUCCCCGUCCAUGAGCGACACGAUAUGGUACGUCAUUGUCAAAGAGCUUGCCACGGCAACAAACAUUGCUUUUCUUGCCCUUGACGGAGUUUCGAACUAGACACGGGCAGGAUAGAAUGGUGUCGGCCUGCGCUGCAAAACCCCAACCAUGAAUGUCUCCUCACACUGGUGAAAGGGUAUGGGACAGUCCUGGACGAAUGAUCCGGAAAGGUAGGCUAGCCUCCUAUGUGUUCGUGAACGCUCGCUCUCGAGACACAAAACUUGUGACCACACUGCCUCCUCAAAGCUUCCAGGUGGCAUAUUCCGCUCCAAGACGUGGUUAUUCCGGCCUUGGAUGAUGGUACAGAGUACAUCAUCGCCAUGGCUGUGGCUGCGGGCCUCCUGGAUGAGCCAUUCGAAAAGACACCCCAGAUUUCCCGACCGCAGUCCCAGUGGGUGUAUCCCGCAAUCCCCCACGGAAGAAGAACGUUCAGGCCGAAUGGUCCCACGUUACCGGGGUGAGAUGGACCUUUGCUCCCUGUACCAAGCCCAUCUGCCCUCGGUCAAUUUCACCUUGGCUUUGGAAGUUGUCGCAAUGAUGUUUCCGGUAAACAGUGGGAGCCACAUCGAAACCACACCGUUUCCCAGCUUACGGUCUGGGACAUUCCGGUGCCAUACGAUACAAAUGUACAUCGCAAACAUAAGCUUUGCGUUUACAAAGCGGAGACUCGUUGCGGCAUCGUCAUUGACAGGGAAUUAAAGUUCGGCUGACCCUGGCAAACGUUCCAAGUCCCACAACAGGCAUCGAAGGGUCCAUAGAGGGCAUCGCUCCUGGUGGUGCAAUAAAUACUGAGCGGCCAUAAUCUGCGUCCUUCCGCAGUCGGAUGUGGUCAGAGGUUGUGGAAUAGAGCGUGUACUGCUGUGACAGAUGCAGAGAACAAGGUCUUAAAUCCAGCUCCGUAACGUCUGGCUACAGUCUCAUGGCUGUGGUGUCAUUUUCCCCAAAUUCGAGGAAUGACUGUCUGGCACUUCAGUCACUGCUGAUAAUGCCGGAAUCGUCUUCAGCUCGCAGAAGCAGAAUCGGCUUUCCCUAAACUGGUAUUCUUUGCCUGUGUUCCAAAGCGCAUGAACCCGGUCCAAACCUCGGAAAUCAAUCCCACCGUUGCCGUCGUCUGAGUGGGAGUAACCGGGCGUCGGAUUCCCAGCGGCUCGCAGCACAGUAUCAACCCGCAUCCCUCAGAACUCAAAAGCGAGUCUGCUUUCACCAAUGCUCCAGUCCAGGAGAUGCGCUAAACAGGAACGGUAGUAGGUUAUGUUGCCUACUGCAGUAAUAGAGACACCGAUGAAGCCUACGCCCACUCCGCUUAGACCAUUUGUCGACGGCAGAAGGAAGACUACGCAAGGAGCAACCCUGCCAUAGCCGUUAGAAUGCACGAUGAAUGGCGCGGAAGGGCACCUUUUCAGCUGGAUUCAAACGCCAUAAGACAGUGACGGAAUGGUAUCCAACCAACGAGUAUCCAGAGGGCGAAUUCAUCGGAGGUCUUGGUCCGAUCAUUGUCGCAUUCGAAUGAUAACCUUGUACAUAGGCCUCUCAACUUGCCUGUCAGUGUCACCUGGUUCCAGCCUGCGCUCCUUUGUGGUACUCGGCACCUCCGAUAUUCGCCGUACCACUCGUACACAAACUCUUUUCAACGCAACUUCCUCAGCUCUCAGGCCCAUCUGACAAACUACCACAGUGUGUCAUAUGCCAGUUUGACUGCUGGUCGGGGUGUUACAGACGCUGCUGGAGACCUUUUUCGCUGCGAGUUGUACGCCAUGUUGUCCCCUGCAACAAUCUGCGUGAUCCUUACCCUGGCACUGAUCCUCUAACGGCUGAAGCGCCAACACUGGCAGUUGAAAGCACGAUCGACGGGCCCGUGCACCGACUAAAGGCGGGACGAGCUUGGCCUCACGUCACGAGAAUAUCUCAAAAGCAGCUCUCUCGGUUCAGUUGGACUGUACAAUAGUAAUAACGUUGUACAAUCAGACGAGCUUCGAACAUCACUAGUAUUGGUUGAUCUUCUCUCCCUGGUGUUGGCCUGCAAAUCUGGAAUACAACGGCACACGUUGUAAGGGGUGUCACCAUGUUCACAAUGCUAUUGCGGUCCUGGCUUUGGUGUCCACUACGGUUGGAGCAGCAAAGCCCUCUUCAUUCACGAUCCCCAACUUGCACCACGAUUCAGCUUUGCAAUAAUGUCCUUCGAUCUCAAGGUGACAAGCCAAUAGUGCAAGACAUCACCAAUGGAUGUAUUUGCAGAUCCAGAGCAUAGUCGCCAUGCAGGAUCAGACCACCAUACCAGAGUUUUAGCGUAUCCAUCAACUCCAUCUCAUUGCCACAACGCCUUCUCCGGAUACUCUUCUCACUUACCAGGAUUAUACAAUGCCGAUGAACAUGACCAUUAAUACGGUGAUCGUCUUUCUAUACGCCGGGGCCAACUGCACUGGACUUCAACGCACAUUUGCUGGAGUCUCCAACAAGCAGGGCGGCCCGCUUGAAGUCCGCUGCUCGCUUUAAACUGACCGAGAUGUCAAAGAUCCCAUGCCGGCAUCAAAGCUCAACGAGAGAGUGUAGCAAGCAAAUAUGCAGGGUGUCUGUGCGAGGACAGAUGGAGCACACUGCCACCCACCGUAGAAGCAGCAGCUUUCCCAGCCACCCACUGCCCUGGAGCUGCUUUUGGGCCUGUCCAGCCAUAGAAAUUCACGGCCGAACGGCGAGUGCGUUUCGCGGUGAAGACUCUCAUGUCGCCUAGCGAAUUUUCAGGUGGUACUGGCCGGGCCGCCCCUCCCACUCCCAAAUCGCAAGAACAGAACCAGAAGGGAAGCCGGACUCUAGGCGAGUUCGUUCUAGUGGACGUCCACUGCAUAGUCGAUUGGGCCCCCUCGCUCUUCUCCCACGGCACUAUCGUAUCUUGCCGCCAACAGUCAGCGUUCAAGUCUUCUGCGUCGAUGUGCUUUGCGACACAUUCUCGCUGGGGCUUGCUUCGUCGCUCUACGUCGAUCUCGGUAUAGAAGAGUACGUGGGUAAUGUGGCCCGCCAUGGCCGACACAUGUCCUCCAGCUGCGUGAAAGCUUAAAUGGACAGAUGACAUCGUGCUUUAGGAAAAUCUGGACACAAAUAUACCCCAAGACCAGCCUGGGGAAGACGCAAAACCACUUUCGAUCCUGGGGCCACUGGAAGCCCGGUCCCGGAAUGACAGCUGGAGCCGUGAAACUCUAUUCACCGGGAAUGGGCUACUUGAUAGAGGCGUGUGCAACCAGGGCUUUCCUAGUCGAAAGUUGGUCGGUCUGCCACUCUUAAGCGGGCAACCCCGUCCACUCCUCUUACGCUGAGUACAUGAUCGCGCUCUGCUCAUCGGUCGAGAGUACCGAGAGUGGACCUCACAGCCCAAACGGCCCCUUCAAGACAACAGUUGACCAAGUCUCUCUUGUGUCCCGAUGCACUUACCCGUCGUUGCCCUUGGUUCAGAGAGACGCUGGAUCUGUCCUGAUUCCAGGCAGCAAACCAGGAGUAGCCCCCUCCGUGCUUUUGGUCCACCACAUUUUUCGGUCCAACCCUGUUAAGUUGCUUGAGGCCAUUUCCACAACCGGCCCCUUGGCUUCCUGACACAACGGACCAGAGCCCGCGCAACCAAGCGAACGCAUUGGCCGCGGUCGGUAUGUAAUAACCCCCGUUCUGAACAUCCUCAGCUCCGCGGCCUUUGCCUCGCUUCGUCUUGUUGCCGACCUUCCGUCACACGUGCGCUUGCGCCAAUGUUGGAGUUAUCGAUUUAUCGGUCUAACCAUGUUGGGGUCUGAAAACUCAAUUCAAAGAAAGACCGGGACGCGACGAGCAGUGGCAUGUCGAGGCUACAGCCAGCAGGGUGCAUUCGCCUGUCGCUGAUAUCACUAUCAGCGGGACUAAGUACUAAACUGGCGCAGCAGAACUCUGUCCAGAUCAUACUUCGCCUAGCCGAGCCAGGGCUCAGACGUCCAACUCCCACCUGCUUGUUCAUCGACGAAGCGUGGCACUUGUUACUGUUUCUCCAGCAGCCAGCUAUUCAGGGGUGGGAUGGCGUGAGGAUGACCACUAACCAGUCUCGAACUCUCCACUCAAGGUAAAUCACGUUCAUGUUGGGUCUAAGGCAUGACAGCCCGCCGAGUCGUGGUCGCACCGCACAUCGGUGGGGCAUCCAAUGCUGUCUGUAGAACCAAAUGCGGUUUCAUCCUGUGCACAAACACCUUGUUGUCAGGCAGUCCUAGCCAACCUAAGCAACAUUGUGUGGCCGAAUCGAUGUCGUGAGGCUCUGAGUCGGAAUAGAAAAACCCAGCAGUGGAUGCAUCCCAACCGGAAUGCCUCUCUACCAUUUUCAACUGCCAGCAGCCUCGCAAUACGCUUCCAACCCAUUCUUACGGCGUCUUUUGAGCCUAUUUAUCAGAACGUCAAAGCCGCUGAGAUAUGUCACGAACAAUAGAGCUUACCGUAAGACAAGCCACAGAAAUAGUUCAGAAUAACACGACAGGCCAAGUUGAUCCUCGAAUUCUCCAGGUUCUUGAGCGAGCCCUCGCUCAGACUUGGCGCAAUAUACAGGCACAACCGA